AGAAAAGAAGUGCUUUAUUUUUACAGCAUCCUUUGCUAAUGAUCACAAACAUAACAUAAGGAAAUUGAAAGAGUCAAAGAUAAGCACCUGUAUUCCAAAGGCUCCCCAAAAAAUCAUGUAUUUGUAAGAAAAGGUAGUUAUCCUGCUUCCACUGAAACAAACAUAACAACCACAGGGUAUUUUUUGCAUUUAACAGUAUGAGUUGGAUGAGAGCGGGCCAUCCUCAGUCUUGUUUGUAAAUGCUGUUUGGUGUAAGAUACAGGAAAACAAUUUACAUUUAGCACAAAGAAGAAUGCAUUGCUGCUGAUGGUGAGGAGUCUUUGCUAAGAUUUAAAAUCACUAUCAUCUUUUCAAUACCAAAGUGGCAUAACUGACCAAUGUUUAACCUGAAGAUUACUAUGACUAUACUGGAAGAUACAGACAAAAAUAAAUGAAUUAGGUUUACAGAAUGCCUAUUAGCCUGGGAUUUUGCCUAAGAUAUAUAUUUUUUAAUGUACUGAUAUCAGUAAUUCAGGGUGUGGGCUGACAUUACAGAUAAAAACAGCCAACUGUUUUCAAAGGGCAGCUCUGCCUCCAACACACACACACUCUGACAAUUCUGCAUACCAACACUGGGGUCAUCUGAUGCCAUAUGGAAUCAGUCUGAGCAACCCAACAUCAGAAAACAAAAGUUCCACAAAAAGCAGCAAUCAGUAGGCAGCUUAUUUGGCCAAAUGACCUUUAUAAGUGAAUAUAAAUACCUGUAUAAAGGUACAUUUUCAAAACAGGACAGAAUACUAUUUUAAAGUCCUGCAAAUGAAUACUACUUCAUAUCCUUUUUGUGAUCAGUGGGCUGGUGAAAGGGAAUACUGUCGCCACCGACAUAUUUUAGUUAAUUAUACGGAAUACAUGAGCCAGCAAUAUGCCCUUGUGGCCAAGAAGGCCAAUGCUAUCCUGGGGCACAUUGAAAAGGAUGUGGUCAGCAGGUUGAGAAAACUGACCCUCCCUCUCUCCUCUCUGCCCUGCUGAAGCCACGUCUGGAGUACCAGACCAAUUCUGGGCUCCUCAGUUCAAGCACAGGGAACUUCUAGAGGGAGUCCAGCAGAGAGCUACAAAGAUGAUUAAGGACCUGGAGCACCUUAGGAGAAAGGCUGAGAGACCUGUUAGACUACCCAGUCUGGAGAAGACUGUGAGGGAAUCUUACCAGUGCUUAAUAUGCUAAAUAUCUAAUGGGUGGCAGUCAAGUGGAUGGGGCCAGGCUCUUUUCCGUGGUGCGCAGCAACAGGACAAGCAGCAACAGGCACAAACUGGCACACUGGCAUAUGUGUGUACGUUCCAUACAAACAUACCAAGUGUUUUACUGUGAACUUACAGAGCACUAGAACAGGCUGUCCACAGAGUUGUGGGACCUCCUUCUUCGGGCAUAUUCCAAACCCACAUGGAAACCCUCCUGUGCGACCUGCUAUGGGGAACCUGUUCUAGUAGGGAGUUGGACUGGUGGAUCUCCAGAGGUCCCUGCUGACUCCUACGAUUCUGUAAUUUGUGAGUUUUCUUCUACAGCAGCCGUUCCAUGAUUAUAGACUGGCUGCGGGCGGGAAAAGCGCCUGAGGCGAGGCCACGCCUCUCCACAAGACGCCGCUACGCGCAUGCGCAUCCGGCGCACAACCACAGCCGCCACGGCUGCGGGCGCGGGAACCUGUGGAGGUGCCGUCGUGCAGAGCUGGCGGCUGCCAUGGGCGAAGCGACGCGGCCCCAGCGCCCCGGGAUCGGCGUAGGGGUGGUGGUCACCAGCCCCGCGCACCCCAACUGCGUCCUGCUGGGCAAAAGGAAAGGCCCGAUAGGAGCCGGCACGUACCAGCUCCCCGGAGGCCACCUGGAGUUCGGGGAGAGCCUGGCGGAGUGCGCCGCCAGAGAGGCGCUGGAGGAGGCGGCGCUGCGCCUGCACAACGUGCGCUUCGCUUCCGCCGUCAACUCCGUGUGCGCCGCCGAGCGCUACCACUACGUCACCGUGCUCAUGAAGGGCGAGGCCGAGCCGGGGGAGGAGCCGCGCAACUGCGAGCCCGACAAGAACGAGGGUGAGGAGUGGGAGUGUGCGGGGCUGCAGCGCGGGUCUUUGAGCAACCGCUGGCUUAACAUUGAGCGUUGGGAAUGGGUUAAAUGGGACGAGUUUCCCCCGGCGGAGCAGCUCUUCUGGGCUCUGCGGUGCCUGAGGGAACAAGGCUACAACCCUUUUACAGAAGACCUCGAUCACCUGAAGGGGUACACAGGGAGCCACCAGCUGGAAUAAAACCUGGUGGUGCAACAGCCCGAAGGACAGAGCUGCUUCUGUGGUGCAGAAAUCAAAAGGAUGGGUCGUGCUGACUUUGCCUAUGUAAAAGCAGUCUGAACUGCAGGGCAGUGCUUUCAGCUGAGUUGUCACGCAUCCAGGAGGUACACAGGGCUGCCUUCCAAGCAACUGCAAACAUCUUCUGUAGCUGUUAAUGAUUAAUGUUUUCCUUUAGGCAUAUUGUUUUAAUCUGGGGAAUCUUUAUACAGAUGAGAUGCCCUUUGGAAGUAAACGAGAAACUCAGUUGGAAACAGUUGUAGCAGUGUGCCCAAGGGAGAAUGAUUUGUUUAAGCAACGGUCCUGGUUUCUGCAUAAAGCUGUUUUGUAUAUCAUGCUGUGUUCUUGCAAGUAUACAUCUAGUAUACAUCUAGCCUGGUCUAGUAUUAAACGUGGAGGUUGGCAGCCCUACCUGCAGCAGGGAGCUUGGAGCUUGAUGAUCCUGGAGGCCCCUUCCAACCCCAACUGUUCUAUAAAUGUAUGAUUUUGGACCGAUCUUUAAACUUAGCCUAGUUUUACAGCUCCAGUUAAGAUGCUUCCAGCAUCCCUAUGAAACAAAAGUCCUGUUUUCCACAGAAUGUUAUGUUCUCCUACACUAUGCUUGGAAAUCAGUACUAUAAACGUUAAAAGAUUGCUGCAGAGGAUGAAAAUUCUCUGACCCUUUUUGCCACCCCCUUUCACCUACCUUUUGUUUGCACCCCCAGUUGUGAUAGAACUUGUUUACAGAAGUACUUCAGAUCUCAGUUGAUUGUCAUUUCUGACCAUGUUACCAAAUUCGAGGAGGUUAAUGUCAAAGCACCUGCAGUCCUCUGCGAGGCUGACAGAACUAACACAGUGAAGAAACAGAUUCUUUUGUAGGUGUGUAGCUCUGUGUCAGACAGCUGCACUUCUUGGCUUAGGAAGGCUGUCAGUAUUAAACAGCACAGAUGGGUGUCAUCCUUUACGGCCAAUAAGACUUGAUUAAAAUCUUCAUUUUCUGCAUGGGGGGACCCAAAAAAUAAUCACUUAACUGCCUUUUUUUUCCUCUCCGGGGUUAUUUCAAAACACAUUUGUUUUGUUUAGCUAUGCCCAUUGUAGAAAAUUACCUGAGAUGUGUUUAUUUUCUUUAAAUAAAACAGGCACAAUAGUGGAAGAUUAAAAUUGUCUCCAAGUUAAAAUUA